CACCAAGCAUCCAGGAUGCUUUGGGGCGGAUGGGGAGAGGGGCAGAGAGAGCGAGGCUGAGGUAGAGAGGGUGAGUUUUUAUCGUAAGGGGACGAAGGAACCACAGAUCCUUGUUCUCUUUGCAUUUCACCUUUAGGAAGAAGAAGAAGAAGAAAAAAAACAGAGAUAAGUGAGAAAGUGUGGAAAACGGGCAACAGAAAAAAAAGGAUAUGAAAAGAACAUGAAAGAAAGAAAUCGUCAUUAAACGCACUACGGAGUUCUCUGUUUCCCUCUCUUCUUCCAUCUCGCACCUCUCUCAAUUUAAUCUUAAAUCCACUCCAAUUUCCCCUGAGGGACUCAAUUCUCUCUUUUCCUCGAGACAGAAGGAGAGGGCUCCAUUCCUCCUGGUAGAGCGACACCAGGAACUUCCUCUGUCUCUCUCUCUCUCUCUGUUCCACUCCCUGGCUUCCUCCACCCUCCCCUCCACCAUGACGCUGUUGGCCUCUGAGAGGUCGCUUCUCAUCCGGAACAAGUUCCGCUCAGUCCUGCAAUUGAGGAUUCAGAACCGAAGGCAGAGUGAGAUCAAUGCAGACCCUGGCUUGAAAUCUUCUUGUCCCUCUCAAAAAGCAGAGAAAGACCAGAGUGAAGCUCUGCGUCUAACUGACGAUGGUGCCGCACAGAAGUUGCCCCCUAGUGGUCUGAACACUGAAACUGCAGAAGAGAGGACUGUGUGUGGCGCCCAGAGGCAGAAGAAGGCUCGCCAGGCGCAGGACUUCACUGAGAGCAUCCAACGUCCUGGACCUGUGGAGCAGCAGCGCAAACACACGCUGCCCCUGGAGAGCUGUUCUGCCUCUUUCCCUCUGUCGACUGAUGUCUUCGAAGAUGACAUCUCCUCCUGCUCCUCGUCCUCGCCCACUGACCAAAAUGGCGUUCACCAGUCACCGACCUUUUCUUCAUUGCCGGGGCUUCCAGGUGACCAAUUACUUAGUGACUUCUCAGCUGUGGGCCCGCCCCUGAACCACAGUCCCUGUCGUGCUCAGUCUGGCUUGGCACUGCUCCCGGCAACCGAGGGCAUGAGACAACCAAUGAGUGUAACACUGGGUGAAUCAAACUCCAUGGCAACAACUGGGAGACCAAAUGGGAUGUAUCUGACCUCUCAGACCACACCUCUGCUGCCAAAGACAGCUCGGCCUCCCAGUCCCACCUGCUCCUCCCUGCCGACCUCCCUGAACUUCAACCAUCUCCCCCGCCCACGGAAACCGCGGGACUCCAAACCCAAAAUGAAGAAACUCAAGUAUCACCAGUACAUUCCUCCAGAUCAGAGAGGAGCGUCUAUGAAUGGAGUGGGAGGAGCUAAACAGAAGAGCCCUACCCCUACCCAGUCUUUAGACCCAGCCUAUUCUCAUCUGCUGAAGCAGCAGCAGGUCUUCCUCCAGCUACAAAUCCUCCAGAACCAGCAGCAGCAACAACAACAGCAACAGCUACAACCACAACAGCUCACUGUUGUGUCCAGUGGAGACCACAGUGAUCUUCUGAAGUCCUCUGGAGCCAUGCCUGUGAAUCCCCAACCUGUUGCCGCCACAACGAACCACACACCAACGGACACAAACCCUAUAUCGAAGCCUGAGCUCCUCCCUGCGAAUCUUGUUGAUCUAACCGUGUCAGAGUUGCGGCAGCAGUUGCGUAAGCGUGGACUCCCUGUCUCCGGGACCAAGCCCGCUCUGUUGCAGCGUCUCCGCCCCUUCCAGCUUCCCCAUUCUUGCCUCACCCCUGCUCCCCUCUCCCAGCUGGGUACCAGCCUGGAGCCCAACACCCCCUGCCUUCCAGUGCCACCCAGUCAGAGCCCUGGCUCAAGCUGCAGCUCUGGACUUGACUCGCCCAGCAGUAGCCCGAACCAACAGAUGUAUAUGCCAGAAAGGGGAAUUCCUAAUGGGAUUCUCAGCGAUGCUCCAAACGGAGUUCUGAACGGAAUUCCGAACACGGUGCCAAAUGGUUUCUCCAGUGCUCCGUCAGUCAGUUUGCCAGGUGAACAGUGUGGUCUCACCAACACUGUCUUCCUGGCUCCUGCUAGCCCUGCCUCAGCAACUCCAAGUCCCAGUCUACCCAUGUCUUCCUCCUCUCCCCUACACUGUGGGACUCCCUGGAGAACUGAGAAACAGCAGCAGCAGGAGCUGAAUGUGGAGCUGGAGAUGAGGGAGAGGCUGAGGAACAGGCCCAGGGACCGCUCCACUAACACCGACAACGAGUCUUGUGGAGGAUCCCUUCAUCCAUUCCUGCAACAGGAUCCUGGAUGCCCUAGACACAAGCCUGAAUCAGAUGCACAGACAGAACUGUUGUUUACACAGGCAUUUUGCCAACCGUGUGAUGUGAUCGGCAAGGAUUUUGAGCUGCCAGUGCAGAUUACAGCAAGUCCUGCUCAGACCUUGUCCAUUGCUCGCAGCUUUGAGGAAGAACUACAGGAGGCGAUUCAGAAAGCACAGAUGGACCUUCACCAGUCCAUAGAUGACAUUCUGGAUGAGCCUCUAACUUGUGUCAGCUCUGUCAGUGUCUCCGAUCAUAAAUCCCCUGCUCGCUUAGUCCCCGACCCAUCGCCUCCUUCUCCUCUACCUCAAGCGGAUCAGUCCCAGGCCUCCCAGAAACACAAGGAUGACAGCUACCUUCCCUCACCGCUUUGCUCCUCUCUCUUGCUAGAGCUCCCUCCAUCUCCUGCCAUAAUAAACCCUAGCCAGGUGAUCCCAGCUCCUCCCCCGCCGCCCAUCUGCACCUCCCCUCUGUCGUCCACUGGGAAGUCACGGAAACGUCGGGCUCCGGCACUGUUUGAUGCUGCCGACUGGCUUGAAACGCUGACGUCUGGCCUCCACCCUCUUACUCCACCGACAGCUCCUUUUGUUGAGUCAGACUUCAGUCUGGAUUCAGAUCUGAAUGUCAGUAGAGUGUUAGAUCUAAUGAUAGAGCAGUGGUAAGGACUGCUCAUAUCUGUUUGUAACUUCUUUGUAUGUACAGUAGGUGAGCGUGAUUGUUUUUCGAUGGUCAUGAAUGGGGCAAACUGUAUGCUUCCCAAUAAGGGCACAAGAUUGUCAAUAGCGGCCUCCAUCUAUCCAUCACCAAAAGGCUGUUAGAGUCACUGGCUCCACACAAUGUUGAGAGCUGGAUUCAUUGCUAGCUUUAACAACAAGAGCACAAACACAUGCACACAUAGACACUAUAAAGGGCUGUUUAAAAGCACUUGGGCUCUGCCAGGAAUGGCAAACAAGAAGCACAUCUGUGGAUUGACACACUCCACAGCACAAUGUUUGCAGUGCAAAACAAAAGAAAACCUGGUGGCAUAUUAGUUUAAACAUGCUUCCUGGCUGCGCUGGGAGAAUGUUGUUUCUGACUUAUCGCCAAAACCCAUUGUCGGAUUUGGUAGAGUAUGGCCCCUGGUGUUGAGUCAGUCAUUGAGUCCUAGCCAUUCAUAAACCCCAUUUAGAGUGUGUAAAAGCCAGACAGAGCACACAGCUUGUAUGUGGCUCCAGACCUUAACCCUGAUGCCAGACACACAGUCGGCAUGCAGAGGGAGAAAGCUGGCAGAAGCUACAAACAAGCAUUGUGUGAGUGUGUGCUUGUGUGUAUGCGCAAGUGUGUGUGUGAGCUUGUUUGUAUAUGUGUUAAGUAUGCAUGUGUUCAAUAUGUAAUUGUGUGACUGAGUGCGCAAGGCUGCUUUUGUUUGAAUGUGUCAGCUUUUGUAAACAUUAAUGCCAAAUGCACUUGUAGUUAUUUGCUUACAAUUAAGCAUGCCUGUUUGUGUGCGGCAUCGCUGAUCUGUGAGGGGAUACACGUGAAAGACAUAGACAAGAAGCUGUGCAUUUCUGUGUCCACAUUUCAGAUCAGGCAUUUCAUUGUAGUCUCAAUGCCAGCAGGCAAUAACUCCAGUGUAGUUAUCCAGUGUAAUCAUCAGAACAACCACAUUACCUUGUUCAAGUCGCUAUUCUCCAGGAGAGCAAUCAGGCGACCACCCCAAAAAUAGUCCCCUUACAAAUGCACCAAUCAGACGAGUGAGAGUUUCCUCAUCACUUUGCAAAAACAGGUGGUCAUUUUGUUCCCUGAUUAAGCCCCAACAGCGUCUGGCCUGCUGCACGGUACUUACUCUGCGACCAGCAAAGCCAGAUUUAGCACAAUUUAUAGCCCAACAGCAAGGCCACACCUGUUCACUUAGUGUAAAUGAAUUCCACAAAUGUUUUAUGUGACAUUGUUAAAUCGUUGCUGUACAUUACAAAAUGACCACUUAUAUAAGAAAAAAAAUGCACUGUAGAAUUAGCACAAAAAUAAUUUGUAUGGAGAACAUGACCACAGGUGAGCGUGUCAGUUGAAGCUGAUACAGUAAAUGCUGCACAUUUCCUUAACGGUGACAGUGAUCUUGCUUUUAUAUUCUACAUGAUUUACUAGUCAUUCAGAAAUGGAUACAUUAUUUGUUUGCAUAAUACACUUUUAGUGAGUUAUGUCUAUUCUCAACCCCACUUAACAUAAUGACAUUAAUGAAAAAAAAUUGACAGAGGUAGGCUGCCAUUAGCCUCUGCCGUGACAGAUAAAUGUAAUUUAGAUACAAGAUCUCGUCUAUAUGAAUGUACAUUCUGUCCUUAAUUGGGUGCACGUCCCAUCAAUCAUUUUGGAGCGCUCUGAUUGGCUCAUUCAUAUCUGGAACAUUUUGCAACUUUAUAACAAACUGAUAGUCCUUCCACAAGCCCACAUUAUUUUGGUAAAAGGAGGUUUUGUCCUCUCCUCAGUCUGAAACUACUGUGUUAAAAUAAAGGUUAAGUGUUGAAUACAAUAUCAUUUGUGUAAAGGGCACAGAAACAUAAACAGAUCUGAGGUCAUGCUAUGUUCAUGUCGUUUUUAAUAUGCAAUCUUUACUGUGUUGCUGCGGUCAGUUUCUUGUUCUGAUGAAAAGUCAAUGUCAUGCUAAGCAGGACAAACAAGACAAAUUGUUGGAAGAAGAAAUCUGUUCAAAGGCAAACCUUCAACACUCCGCUAUAUGUUGAAGCAGCUCUUGUACAGCUAGAAAAAUGCAGUUGAAUGUGGAUGGAUCACUGUGAUAAUCAUAGCGACCAGUAAACAGUUCCUGCUGCAUGAAUAAAAAAAAUGUAAAAAAGAGAAUCAGACAGGAGAGUAAGAUGCUACCUCCUGUGACUUCCAUUGCUUUAGGGCCAACACCAGUGUUUUCCUCUUUAUCUUAUUUAAUUUCCAAACAUUGGUGCAGAGUUUCCUGGAGCAACCCUGAGACUGUUUCACACGUUUGACUGAACCCCUGGUUUGAAAUAUGUGUUUUAACCUGGGUUUGAAACUGACCUGAUUUAGAUUCGAAGCUGGUUAGGACAGAUGCCAACUGGAAACACUCGGUUGUUUCAGGAUACUUUGUUGGCCACUUCUGCUGCUAUACAAGCCUUAUGAAAACGUGAGAGAAAUGUAUUUGCUUUUAUUUAUUAUGUAACUUAUUCAUGCAAAUUCAUCCACUGUCCAAAAUGAAUUUGAAAGCAUUAAAAAAUUAAAGUCUUAAUAGAUUUUCUAUGUGACUUGUUUGUUUU